AUUGACAAUUGCAGUGGCCGAACUAAGAACGGGCCUUCUGGAAAUUUCUACCAUCUUUGUUUCUUUUAGGAAAAGCAGAUGUGCCAAGCGGAAGAGUCUCCUACCUUCCAUUCCUAGGUCAUCUCUCUUCCCUGCUUUCCCCCAGCCCCUGUUCUUUUUCUCAUCAAGGUAGAAUGUUCUCUCUGCCACGUUUCUAAAUUGCAGAGGGAGGAACAGAAUGUUGGGCUGUUUUCCUUUCUCCUUCUGCCUCCUCAGUCCCCAAAGAGGAUACACAGCUGCAAGGAGCAAACACAGACACACUGAAGCUUUUGAUUCCUCUCCUUUUUUUUUUCCUUCAAGACCCUCCAGGAUGGAUUCACUUUCUGCUUGGGGAAAUUAAGUGGCAUUCACGUGGGGGAGGGGGAGUAACUGCUUUUAUUAGCUCCAGAAAAUGGUCACUGUUCAGUCUGUAACUAGGAAUUAAUUAUAUGUAAUCACUCAGUAAACUUUCUACAGAGUUUUUCUAAUUGCUGAGCCUGAACAUAGUUAGCCCAUUGGCGCCAAGUCCAGUUACUUUUAUAAUUAACAGCUCAAAGAUUUGAGUCAGAAAGAAAAGAAACAAUUGGGGGCCUCUUGGAUUAUAAAUUAGGGAUGAAAACAAUAGCUUUUUUCCCUUUCUUUCUUGUAACCCCUUUUCUUUUAAACAAAACAUUCCCCCUUUUCUUUCCCUGGGAGAACCAGUGGGGAGACUGCGUCAGGUCUUAAAUAGGAUAGGGUGGCGGGGGGAGACACUUUUUAGGAAGCGGGGUGGCAGGAACCUAACCUUUUUAGGAAGCGGGGUAGUAGAAAACCCAAGGUAGGUUUUUAAAAGUCCAGCCACUUCCAAUGUGUGAUGUCUUUGUUUCUUUUGCCCUCUUUCCCCUUCUCUCUCCUGUGGCAGAGGCAGCAGACAUUUGUCAGCCUGGGAACCCUCAAUCUGGCUUUGCCUCUGGUUGACCCUGGAAGAAAGAUACAUUCAAAGGGGCCUUCGCUACUGCACAGCAGAGAUUUAAAAAGGGAAUAUGUUUCGAAGCCCUUUGGUUGCUUUUAAAAUGCAAAAUCUGAGCAAGGGUUCACCCUUGGCUUCAGGUUGCUAAGAUUAUGGUCGCCCUCCCCCCUACUUCCCACUCUCCUUGCAGACAAACAAGCAGGCAGUGGCCAUGCCAGCUCUGCAGCCAGUGUGCUGCCAGCCUGCCCCCCCAUCCAGAUUACCUACCUACCGGCCGGCGGGGGCCAGUGGCCCGUCCUUGCCCGGGCACGGCCUUGGGCGCUGUGCCCUCCUUUCUCCCCUGGAGCUAAAAAGCAGUCACCUUGAAACUCCUCACUCCCAGCACCAGAGGAGUUCUGAGGCCAGUGCUCAGACCUGUAACAGUAAAUGACGUUAUCUACUCAGGCUGUUAGUUCGGCCUCUGAAAUCGGGUUUUGCAAAACCCAUUGUUAAUUCUCAGGCUCUGUUGGGGGUGGUCAGAAAUCUAAUGUGUGAGUAUCCUGUGCAUUGGAUAAGGGAAUGUUUUCCUUGUGUUUCUCCUCUGCAGACUCGGAUUGUCUUUCCUUGAUGUUAACUGUCUUAGGACUGGUGGCUUCAGAGGGCUGGGUAUUUAGCUGUUUGCAGGCUUAUAAACAGCCUUUUGAUUUUACCUUGGCCGCAGACUGAGGUGCAGCCCUUUUGCUUGGCUUUUCAGAUGCCUGCUGUCCUUGAAGCACUUUCAUUUUACCUAGCUCCUUUUUGGUAUGAAUGCAAAGCUGGUUUCUAAUAGACUGAGAAGAGAAGGGGGACCUGGCUUCCUCCUCGCCUCCCCCCAGCCUGCUCCCUGGGAACAUUUUUGUGUUUGCACAGACACCUGUCCGUCUGCAGUUUGUGCCACGGGGCUGCACAAUUCCUAACCUUCUACCCACCUAAUUCGAGGGCAAGGGGGCCUCAUCACAGAGCCUCAUCUUGAAGGCUCAGGAUCUGCAAGAGAAGGCUUUUCCUUAGGAACCUGUGACUUCACAAACUCUCCCUGUCAUUGCAGAGUUUUUUUUAAGCUUCUAAACGUUGGGUUGUUGGUGUCCUUUGGUUCAGCUUUUCCUAGUUCUGGUAUUUAGGAAGGUGGCUUUGAAACUAGCAGGGCUGCUUAAACAAGAGCUACAGCUAUUGAACAAACUGCUACCAUUUUAGCUUCAACACAGGAAUGAGGCAGUGUUGCCAGACGCCAUUUUAAGAAUCCUGCAUAAAUAGCUUAGCUACCGAUGACUCUGCCUGUUUUAGUGUUGAGAUGAGAUUCCUGGGAAUUACGGACCAUCCCUGAGUCCUCAGAAUUAAUAAUCAGAAGGCUUAAAGCAUCCUGGAGUUUGGCUGAAGAGGAAGUAAAAGCAGAACAGGAGGUGGUAGAGGGCAUGGAUAUCUCUACUCGCUCCAAAGAUCCUGGCUCUGCAGAGAGAACAGCCCAGAAAAGAAAGUUCCCCAGCCCUCCACAUUCUUCCAAUGGCCAUUCGCCGCAGGACACAUCAACAAGCCCCAUUAAAAAGAAAAAGAAACCUGGCUUACUGAACAGUAACAAUAAGGAGCAGGAUGGACGGAAUGAUUUCUACUGCUGGGUUUGUCACCGGGAAGGCCAAGUCCUUUGCUGUGAGCUCUGUCCCCGGGUUUAUCACGCUAAGUGUCUGAGACUGACAUCGGAACCAGAGGGGGACUGGUUUUGUCCUGAAUGUGAGAAAAUUACAGUAGCAGAAUGCAUCGAGACCCAGAGUAAAGCCAUGACAAUGCUCACCAUUGAACAAUUAUCCUACCUGCUCAAGUUUGCUAUUCAGAAAAUGAAACAGCCAGGGACAGACGCAUUCCAGAAGCCCGUUCCUUUGGAACAGCACCCUGACUAUGCGGAAUACAUCUUCCAUCCAAUGGACCUUUGUACAUUGGAAAAGAACGCGAAAAAGAAAAUGUAUGGCUGCACAGAAGCCUUCCUGGCUGAUGCAAAGUGGAUUUUGCACAACUGCAUUAUUUAUAAUGGGGGAAAUCACAAAUUGACGCAAAUAGCGAAAGUAGUCAUCAAAAUCUGUGAACAUGAGAUGAAUGAAAUCGAAGUAUGUCCAGAAUGUUAUCUAGCUGCUUGCCAAAAACGAGAUAACUGGUUUUGUGAGCCUUGUAGCAAUCCACAUCCUUUGGUCUGGGCCAAACUGAAGGGGUUUCCAUUCUGGCCUGCAAAAGCUCUGAGGGAUAAAGACGGGCAGGUUGAUGCCCGAUUCUUUGGACAACAUGACAGGGCCUGGGUUCCAAUAAAUAAUUGCUACCUCAUGUCUAAAGAAAUUCCUUUUUCUGUGAAAAAGACUAAGAGCAUCUUCAACAGUGCCAUGCAAGAGAUGGAGGUUUAUGUGGAGAACAUCCGCAGGAAGUUUGGUGUUUUUAAUUACUCUCCGUUCAGGACACCCUACACGCCCAACAGCCAGUACCAAAUGCUGCUCGAUCCCAGCAACCCCAGCGCCGGCACGGCCAAGAUAGACAAGCAGGAGAAGGUCAAGCUCAACUUCGACAUGACAGCGUCCCCCAAGAUCCUGAUGAGCAAGCCCGUGCUGAGCGGGGGCACGGGCCGCCGGAUUUCCUUGUCGGACAUGCCGCGCUCCCCCAUGAGCACAAACUCUUCCGUCCACACGGGCUCCGACGUGGAGCAGGAUGCCGAGAAGAAGGCCACGUCGAGCCACUUCAGCGCGAGCGAGGAGUCCAUGGACUUCCUGGAUAAGAGCACAGCUUCACCAGCCUCCACCAAGGCGGGACAAGCAGGGAGUUUAUCCGGCAGCCCAAAGCCCUUCUCUCCUCAACUGUCAACUCCCAUCACGACGAAAACGGACAAAACAUCCACCACCGGCAGCAUCCUGAAUCUUAACCUGGAUCGAAGCAAAGCAGAGAUGGAUUUGAAGGAGCUGAGUGAGUCGGUCCAGCAACAGUCUACCCCCGUUCCUCUCAUCUCUCCCAAGCGCCAGAUUCGUAGCAGGUUCCAGCUGAAUCUUGACAAGACCAUAGAGAGUUGCAAAGCACAAUUAGGCAUCAAUGAAAUCUCAGAAGAUGUUUACACGGCUGUAGAGCACAGUGACUCGGAGGAUUCUGAGAAGUCAGAUAGCAGCGACAGUGAGUAUAUCAGUGAUGAGGAGCAGAAGGCCAAGAAUGAACCAGAAGACGCAGAGGACAAAGAGGGUUGUCAGAUGGACAAAGAGCCAUCUGCCGUCAAAAAAAAGCCCAAGCCUACAAACCCAGUGGAGAUUAAAGAGGAGCUGAAAAGCACAUCACCAGCCAGCGAGAAGGCAGACCCUGGAGCAGUAACAGUCAAGGACAAGGCCAGCCCUGAGCCGGAGAAGGACUUUACCGAAAAGGCAAAGCCUUCACCUCACCCCACAAAGGAUAAACUGAAGGGAAAAGAUGAGACUGAUUCCCCAACAGUCCAUUUGGGCCUGGACUCCGACUCAGAGAGUGAACUUGUCAUAGAUUUAGGAGAAGACCAUUCUGGGCGGGAGGGUCGAAAAAAUAAGAAGGAACCCAAAGCACCAUCUCCGAAACAGGAUGUUGUAGGUAAAGCGCCACCAUCCACGACGGCGGGCAGCCAGUCUCCCCCGGAAACGCCUGUGCUCACCCGCUCUUCCGCCCAAACUCCCGCGGCCGGCGCCACAGCCACCACCAGCGCGCCCUCCUCCGUCACCGUCACGGCCCCGGCCCCCGCCGCCGCAGGAAGCCCGGUGAAAAAGCAGAGGCCGCUUUUACCGAAGGAGACUGCCCCGGCCGUGCAGCGGGUCGUGUGGAACUCAUCAAGUAAGUUUCAAACGUCCUCCCAAAAGUGGCACAUGCAGAAGAUGCAGCGUCAGCAGCAGCAGCAGCAGCAGCAGCAAAACCAGCAGCAGCAGCCUCAGUCUUCCCAGGGGACGAGAUAUCAGACCAGACAGGCUGUGAAAGCUGUCCAGCAGAAGGAGAUCACACAGAGCCCAUCCACGUCCACCAUCACCCUGGUGACCAGCACACAGUCAUCGCCCCUGGUCACCAGCUCGGGGUCCACGAGCACCCUUGUGUCCUCAGUCAACGCUGACCUGUCCAUCGCCACCGCCUCAGCCGAUGUCGCCGCUGAUAUUGCCAAGUACACUAGCAAAAUGAUGGACGCAAUAAAAGGAACAAUGACAGAAAUAUACAACGAUCUUUCUAAAAACACUACUGGAAGCACAAUAGCUGAGAUCCGCAGGCUGAGGAUCGAGAUAGAGAAGCUCCAGUGGCUGCACCAGCAAGAGCUCUCUGAAAUGAAACACAACUUGGAGCUGACCAUGGCAGAGAUGCGGCAGAGCCUGGAGCAGGAGCGGGACCGGCUCAUCGCCGAGGUGAAGAAGCAGCUGGAGCUGGAGAAGCAGCAGGCGGUGGACGAGACCAAGAAGAAGCAGUGGUGUGCCAACUGCAAGAAGGAGGCCAUCUUUUACUGCUGUUGGAACACCAGCUACUGCGACUACCCCUGCCAGCAAGCUCACUGGCCCGAACACAUGAAGUCCUGUACUCAGUCAGCUACUGCUCCUCAGCAGGAAGCGGAUGCUGAGGUGAACACAGAAACACUAAACAAAUCGUCCCAGGGGAGCUCCUCGAGCACACAGUCAGCACCUUCAGAAACGGCCAGUGCCUCCAAAGAGAAGGAGACGUCCGCUGAGAAAAGCAAGGACAGUGGCUCGACCCUCGACCUUUCUGGCUCCAGGGAGACGCCCUCCUCCGUUCUCUUGGGCUCCAACCCAGGCUCUGUUAGCAAAAGGUGUGACAAGCAACCUGCCUAUGCCCCAACCACCACAGACCACCAGCCGCACCCCAACUACCCCGCCCAGAAGUACCAUUCCCGGAGUAGCAAAUCCAGUUGGAGCAGCAGCGAAGAGAAGAGGGGAUCGGCACGUUCCGAGCACAACACCAGUACCAGCACCAAGAGUCUCCUCCCGAAAGAGUCUCGGCUGGACACCUUCUGGGACUAGCAGCGAAUCGGGACACAGACCGUCCAUCCCAUGGGGAGAAAAACCCAGACGCCAGGAAAAGGAGAAACGACAAAGACAGGAGAACAGCCACCUUCAGACUGGAGAAUGACGAACCCUCGGACGGGCCUGAGCCCCUGGCGCGGGGGCUGCGACACUACAGGACGCCCUGCAUCGGCUUUGACUGCGGACCGUUCACCCACAUGAGCCCUGUGCGUUAGGUGUAAAUAAUGUACAAUUUGUGGAUGUCCCUGAACCUAGAGGACCUUCUCCUUUUUAUAUUUGUAUUAACUUUAACUUAUAAAAAAGAAAAAAACAAUUACAAAAACAAAAAAAGCCAACCCCAACAACAAAAAGAAUGUUCUGGUGUUGGAGAAGGGAUGGUCAGUUAGUCCGUAUGUCACACAAUGGAAUGGAAGCUGGGCCCGGGGACCGCUUUCACACUCACGUCCUCAUCCUUGGGUACCCAGGGGAGGGCCAGCCGUUUUCACUCACGUGUCUGUACUCAGCAUGCUGGGAUCGGGAGUUCUGGCACAGACUCUACCCCGUGAAGCCAUGGGCUCCUUUCAGCUACUGCAUUACAACGUUCCUAAAACACAAGCUCUCUGGACCAGACGGACACAGGGAGAAGCUAGUUUAUUUCAUGUGAUUUAAACGAUUCUACUCCUAAAAGGGAAAAAACACAAUGUCCUUGUUUACAGAAGAGAAAGAAACAAGCCCCAUUUAGCUCAGUGGCAGAAGAGGAGAGCCUAGAAAGUGUUAGGAUCAUGAACUCUGAAAAAAAAAUCUUUGCUUUGCUUUGUGAUUCCUUUAAACACACACUCACACACUUGGUCAGAGACGCUGCGCUUCUUGGAAGCGAGGACUCAGGCAAGGCGCACGCAGAGGACAUUCGAGUCUGGGAUGAAGCAUGUACGUAUUAUUUAUAUGAUGGAAUUUCACAUUUUUAUGUAAGCAUGAAACAAAGGCAGUAUGAGAGAAAGCAACACCCCGUCAUGCUGUCCGUGACACUACGUAUGCUGUAGAACCAUUUUGUAUGUGUGUAAAACAAAAAGCAUUGAUCAAAAAGCAAAAGGUGAUGUAUGUAUAUGAGCAAAUUAACUGUCCGAUAUCAUUCCAGUACGUUUCGUUGUACAUUUUAGUCUCGUUUACUUUCUCUUCAUUGUUAAGAGGAUGCGAACUGUACAGUUUCCAGCUAGUUCCCCAUAUUAGAGAAGAACUAAGAAGAGUAUUAGAAGAACACAGAGAAAGAACAUUUGUGAAUUGCAGUUGUCAAAAAAAAAAAAAAAUAGCCUAGCUGGCCUUAUUUGUGAAGCAUAAUUGCUUUUAGCAUAUGGAAGUAUUUUUUCACAUUUUCUUUGUAUAAAAUUUGUAUUAAACUUAAAUAUCUUUUUGA